AUGGAUUCUGAGCCUUCUUGGGCUACCAUCCCUACCCCACAGGGCACCCUCUCCACCCUCAAUGCCACCACACCCUGGCUUGGCCGAGAUGAAGAGCUGGCCAAGGUGGAAAUUGGCAUCCUGGCUGCUGUCCUGGUGCUGGCCUCAGCGGGCAACCUAACUGUGCUGCUGAUCGUGGGCCUGCUGGGUCGAAAGCGCUCCCGCAUGCACCUGUUCAUGCUGCACCUGGCACUGACUGACCUGGGAGUGGCACUCUUCCAGGUGCUGCCCCAGCUGCUCUGGGACAUCACCUACCGCUUCCAGGGCCCCGACCUCCUCUGCCGGGCCAUCAAAUACCUGCAGGUGCUCAGCAUGUUUGCCUCCACCUACAUGCUGCUGGCCAUGACCCUGGACCGAUACCUGGCCGUCUGUCACCCGCUGCGCAGCCUCCAGCAGCCCAGCCAGUCCGCCUACCCACUCAUUGCUGUUCCGUGGCUGCUAGCCGCCGUCCUCAGCCUCCCUCAAGUCUUUAUUUUUUCCUUGCGGGAGGUAAUCCAGGGCUCAGGAGUGCUGGAUUGCUGGGCUGACUUCUACUUCCCCUGGGGGCCACGGGCCUACAUCACCUGGACUACCAUGGCCAUCUUUGUCCUGCCUGUGGCCAUGCUCACAGCCUGCUACAGCCUUAUCUGCCAUGAGAUCUGUAAGAACCUAAAAGUCAAGACAAAGGCCAGGAGGGUGGAAAGAAGUGGCUGGAGGACUUGGGACACACCCUCAGCUUCAGGCCCAGCUGCAGCCACUCAGGGGCUGCCGGCCCAAGUCAGCAGCACCAGCACCAUCUCUCGGGCCAAGAUUCGUACAGUGAAGAUGACCUUUGUCAUUGUGCUGGCCUACAUCGCUUGCUGGGCGCCCUUCUUCAGUGUCCAGAUGUGGUCUGUGUGGGACAGGAAUGCCCCAGAUGAAGAUUCCACGAAUGUGGCUUUCACCAUCUCCAUGCUUCUGGGCAACCUCAGCAGCUGCUGCAACCCCUGGAUCUACAUGGGUUUCAAUAGCCAACUGCUGCCGCGGUCCCUGCGCAGCCUGACCUGCUGCAGAGGGGCCCGGCCCCAGCUGCACCGACAGCUCUCCAAUGGCAGCCUAUCCAGCCGCCGUACCACGCUGUUCACCCGCUCCAGCUGCCCACCCAGCCUGAGCCUCAGCCUUGGCAGGAGGCUGGGGCCUGUGGAGUCACUGAAGGACUUAGAGCAGGAAGAUGGCGAAGCCACCACUGAGACCAGCACCCUUUAG